AUGAAGCCCACGACCAAUGGGCUCUCUUCCUCCUUCACGACUCCGAGAUUCCGCGGCCACCUUCCGAUAACCUUCACAUCCUCCAACCACCACCACAAGAGUAAAAAGAAUCUCUCAAACAUCAUCACUCUCUCCCUCCCUUCAGAUGACUCCUCCUCCUCCUCCUCCCCCCGAGUCGUCUCCUCUCGCCGCGCAAUUCUCGUCGCACCACCGCUUCUCGCCGCCGCUAUAUCCUUAUGGCCGUCUGUCUCCUCAGCCGCCGGAGAAAUCUCUUCAAUCGUAACGGAUACUUCUUCUCCAGAACCAGCUACUCCUCCUCCCCCUCCCCCUCCUCCUACUCCUCCUCCGCCGCCUGUGGAGGAGAUAACGUCGAGAAUCUAUGACGCGACGGCGCUAGGUGAGCCGAUGGCUGUCGGGAAAGAUAAGAAGAGAGUGUGGGAGAAGCUACUGAACGCGAGGAUUGUGUACUUAGGUGAGGCGGAGCAGGUGCCUACUAGAGACGAUAAAGACUUGGAGCUUGAGAUCGUGAGGAAUUUAAGGAAGAGAUGUGUUGAGAGUGAGCGUCAGUUAUCUUUAGCGUUGGAAGCGUUCCCUGUUGAUUUGCAGGAGCAGUUGAAUCAAUACAUGGAUAAGAGGAUGGACGGAGAAGCAUUGAAAUCUUAUGUGUCACAUUGGCCAGCUCAACGUUGGCAAGAGUACGAGCCUCUCUUAACUUACUGUCGUGAUAACGCAGUUAAACUCAUCGCUUGUGGCACUCCUCUCAAGGUUUUAAGAACUGUCCAAGCUGAAGGUAUCCGUGGUCUUUCAGAAUCUGAGCGGAAACUAUACACUCCUCCUGCUGGUUCCGGAUUCAUCUCAGGGUUUACUCCCUUCUCACGUAACUCUUCACUCAACAUGAACCCCCUCACACAGAUUGUUCCAUUUGGACCUAGCUCUUAUCUCUCUGCGCAAGCUAGAGUCGUUGAAGACCAUACAAUGUCACAAGUUAUCUUACAAGCAGUUGCGGAUGAAGGCGGGGCUGGUCUGCUUUUAGUGGUGACAGGGGCAAACCAUGUUGAGUAUGGUUCAAGAGGAACAGGUUUGCCUGCUAGAGUUUCAAGGAAGAUUCCUAAGAAGAGUCAACUUGUUGUGUUACUUGAUCCUGAAAGACAGUUUUUGAGGAAAGAAGGUGAAUCUCCUGUUGCUGAUUUCUUGUGGUAUUCUGCUGCUAGACCAUGCAGCAGAAACUGCUUUGAUAGGGCAGAGAUUGCGAGGGUUAUGAAUGCAGCUGGUAGGAGCCGUGAUGCUCUUCCUCAGGACAUUCAAAAAGGAUUAGACCUUGGUCUGGUGUCACCUGAGAUUCUACAGAACUUCUUUGAUCUUGAGCAAUAUCCUCUUAUUGCAGAGCUUACACAAAGGUUCCAGGGUUUCCGAGAAAGGCUAUUAGCAGACCCCAAGUUCCUAAACAGACUAGCCAUCGAAGAAGCCAUAUCAAUAACAACAACACUAGUAGCACAAUACGAGAAGCGGAAAGAAAACUUCUUCGAGGAGCUAGACUACGUUAUAACCGAUAGCGUAAGAGCAUCAGUUGUUGAUUUCUUCACAGUUUGGCUUCCUGCACCAACCUUGUCAUUUCUCUCAUACGCUGAUGAGACAGCUAGACCAAACAGCAUAGACGCACUAAGAGGCCUCCUAGGAUCUAUACCUGACAAUGCGUUUCAGAAAAGUCUUGGUGGAAAAGACUGGACUCUGAAUCUUAGGAUUGCUUCGGUUAUUGUCGGUGGCUUGAAGCUUGCUGGUGUUGGUGUUGUUUCCAGUUUUGCAGCUGUGGGAUCUUCAAAUGCUUUGUAUGCGAUAAGGAAGUUUAUUAAACCAGAGUUGGCUGUUUCUGAGCAAACAAAGAGGUCUCCUAUGUUGAAGACGGCUGUUGUAUAUGGAGGUUAUCUUGGAACAUCUUCAAAUAUUCGUUAUCAGAUAAUUGCUGGUCUAAUAGAACAUCGAAUCUCUGAUGAGCUUUCUUCUCAGCCAUUACUUGUAAACAUGAUUUCAUUUGUUGUCAGAGUAGCUAACUCCUACUAUGGAACUCAGCAAUGGAUUGAUCUUGCACGCACUACGGGUCUGCAACCUCAGAAAAGUGUCACGGCUUCAAAUCAGAUCCCAGAGGCUUUGAGCCAACCUACAGUGGAGAUUGUGGAUUAUAGUACUACUACUACUACUACGGAAGAGGCAACUAUGGAUGAUCUCAAGAAUCAAUGAUAUUUUGUAUGGCUAUUUCUACUAGGUAUCAAACUGGUAAAUGUGUAUAAAAAAGCUUUUGACCGUCUUGGGAGGGAAAUAUAUACUACUCAUUUUGAGCUGUAUUUUUGUAACUUAGCUUCUGUGAAAUAAUGGUUCAUUAAUGAAUAUACUUUCUUCAAACAAGUCAUGUUGAUUUGCCAUCACUGCUCAAACAACAUAAACUAUAUGAUUAUUGUGAAGCACUAUUAUUAAAAAUGUUGAGAUCCAAGCCAGAACCACUCCAUUUCAUGUCAGCAAUGUCUUCAAGCUCCUUCAUCAUCUCUUGUGUAAGAUGAUUCUUCCAAUCUCCAACCACACCUUUCCUAAAGAACAUAUCAUACUUAGUUCCACUCCAGUGAACACCUUCACCUCUUUCUUUACUUGCAUUCCUCAGAUUCUCGAAGCUACACUCUUCCACCACCUUUUCCACCAUCGUCUCACACCCCAAGAAGUCUGCGAUCCUCUUCACGUUUUCUUCUGGUUUUCCUUUCAGAUCUUCGUAAGUGACGAACAACACACGGUCUUGGUCUCUUGCUUCCCAAAACUCAAGGACGUGGUCGAAGUAAGGACCGGCAGGGACAAGACCUUUGCAGAAGUCAUCAAAGGCUUCUUGGAUGGAGAUCUCUGUCCCGAACUUGUUGUUGUAGAGAUGCCAUAGAGAGACAAAAGUGUCUGCUGGGUGACGAGUUAUGUAAAUGACUUUGGACCCUGAGGUCUUCAGAGUGUCCGGUAAAAACGAAAGAGGGAGAUGAGUGUUGAAAACUCUAGGAGAAGUGAUCUUUGUUAUGUCCUUUGAUGGGGUUUCACCGAACAACUCGAUCUCCAAAAAGGGCACGAGUUCGUGAGGGUUGAGGUUAUCCAUAUGGUCAUGGUUGUUGUGUAUGGUUGAGCUGUGUCUGAGAAUGGAGGAGGUUAGAGCUUUGAGCCAAGUGGUGCCGGUUUUAGGGAAAGAAGCGAGGAUUAUGUCGGAAGGAAGAGGUGUGUAGUGUGCUCUUAUGGCUUCAGUAGCAGUGAUGAACUCUGGUUUGAACCAGAAGCCUUUGUGUCUGAUGCGUUGACCAUCGACCCACCACUUGGCUUGCGGUGGUGGUGGUGGUGAGAUUACGUCUUCAUGUUGUUGUGGAGUGUCCAUAGAGAGAGUGAGAGAUGUGUUUUUUGGGAUCUGAGGUUUAGUAAGUCAUGACUCAUGAGAAACACGUAGCAUGAGUUUCUGCCUAUAACGGCACCAAAAUGCACCGUUCUGAUGUAGAUCAGAUCUAA